AUGGGGAAUAUAUUUGCUGCGGCAAGUCAGGGUGACAUUGAAUCUAUAAAAAAUGAUAUUCAAGCUAGAAUCUCUAGUAUCGACGAUAAAGAUGAAGGAGGAGCGACGGCGCUCCAUUGGGCUGCUUUGAAUCAGCAAUUCGAAGUUUGCAAUUACUUGCUGGAGAAUGGCAUCGAUAUAAACAGUACUGCUGGAAAUUUGGGGGCAACCCCUCUUCACUGGGCUGCGAAGCGAGGAUUAGUAGAAAUGGUAAAUUACUUGGUUCAGCGAGGUGGUGAUCCGUUGAUGCAUGAUAGCCAAGGGUUUCAUUGUCUACAUUUGGCUGUUCACUCCUCUAAUGCAUUUUUGGUGGUGUAUCUUCUGCAUUUGGAUAUUCCAGUCGACUCUCCAGAUGAAAAUCAGCAUACGCCUCUUAUGUGGGCUGUCUACCAUGGCAAUGAGAUGGUAACCAAUUGUCUACUGAAAUGGGGAGCCGAUGUUCACGCAACGGAUAGUGAAGAAAUGACGCCGUUACAUUGGUCUUUGGUAGGAGCAAACUCCAAAUGCAUGAGGCUGAUCCUUCAAGAAUGUGGUUUAUCCGAAACAACAGCUGUUGCGAACUUGUCUGGUCAAUUGAAAACGCCUUGGUCUUUGUCUUUGGAGCUUGGAGUAUCUAAAGUUUUUCAAGAAGCCUUGAUUGUGAAUGGGUUCCAAGUCCAAGUAAUUGCGAACGAACCAGCAGAAAAAUAUCAGAUUAUUCUUUUCAGCCAUCGAUUUUCUAAAAGGACGUACUUUUGGUUAUGUUUUCUAGCUUGUUUUCCUAUUAUUGGGGUUGCGCUUUUUAUCAUGAGCGUUUGCCCGGUCAUACUAUCCAUCUUUUUAGCUCCAGUUUGUCUCUAUUUGUCAUCCAAAUUCCUUAUUUUUUAUAUAGAGUCAUCUACAGAAAUAACUUCAUUUUUCGUUCAAACUCCCUUCCUAGCUGGCGUGUUUUCUUCGAUCUUUUUUUGGGUUUGGAGUCAUGCAUGUAUCAAUAUACUACCCGUCCUUUACCGAGAAAGUUUCGUUUUGUUUGGAUCUUUCUUAAUUCUUUCUAUCUUUUGCAUUGCUUACUAUGUCAUUUCUGCCUUUCAGGAUCCCGGUUAUAUUCCUACAAUCGGCGGUGUGACGCAAAGAAGGGAAUGUAUAGAAGAUUUGCUUGGCAGAAAUGCUUUCGAUCAAAAUAGUUUUUGCCUAAAGUGUCUUCAAUUGAAGCCAAACAGAUCUUUCCAUUGUAUCUCUUGUGGCCGCUGCGUUUAUCGGUAUGAUCAUCAUUGUCCCUGGAUUGGCAACUGUGUUGGCAUGAAAAACCACAAAUCCUUUCUUAUUUACACUUUAUCACUUGUUUUUUUGAUUCCUCUCUAUUGCUACACGGGCUUUGUAUACUUGUCGCUGAUUCCUAUUCAGGAAAAGUACAAAUCGUAUACUUGUCUGUUUGUUGGCGGUACGUUUUGUGAAUGGAUGCUGAAAGAUAUGUUUGUCAUCGUUUCUAUUUUUAUCGUUUGUAUUAAUUGGGUUUGGAUCUUCUCAUUAAGUUUUACUCAAUUAUGGCAAGUGGCUCACAACAUGACAACUGCUGAGUAUAGGCUGUUUCAAAAGUAUAAAUCAUUUUCUGCUCCUACAAGUCAAGGAAUGGUGCCUCGGAAUCCAAACAAACAUCACCAUAGCUUGGUACAUACACUCACAGCGCUUGUUGGCUUAGAUCAAUACCUCGUAUUCACCCGUGAUGUGUUUCGCUUUCUAGUAUGCCGAUGGAAUAAUCGUUAUUCCUCUCUCCCGCAGGAUCUCAGCAUAUCUUCAGUGAAUCCACAUGACAAGCAAGGUACAUACAAAAAUUGUAUGUAUUUUUGGCGAGGACUAUCGGAUGAACAAAAGACAGAUAUUGAGUCCAAUCGGAAUCCGUAA